AUGACUGCUAAUCAAUUUGGUGUUCUGGGCAGUAGCCCAAAUCCUUCAUCUUCAAGACAUCCUGCAAAUUCAAUACUGGGAAGUUUUCCAAACCCACUUUUAAAUCCCAUAUCCCAGCAGAUCAAUCAAGUUCAGAAUCCCUUCAGAAACCCAUACUACUUGACUCAUUCAGAUUUCACUUCGAAUUUGAUCCAUCUCACUUUGACAGGGGGAAACUUCCACCUGUGGCGUAAUCAGUUGGAGACCGCCUUAAAGGCUAGAAACAAAAUGUGUUUCGUUGAUGGCUCACUGAAAGCUCCAGAAGAAAAUGAUCCAUCCUUUCAGGAUUGGGAGCAGUGUGAUAAUCUAGUCAAGACCUGGAUCAACAACUGUUUAUCUGUUGACAUUCAGAUCAGUGUAUCUACUUCUAAAACAGCAAAUGAGCUGUGGACAAACCUGAAGAACAGGUACUCCUCUGCCAACCCAACAAGGGAUUUUGAAUUGGUAAGAGCUAUUUCCACAAUCAAGCAGGGAAGUUCUUCUGUAACAGAAUAUUAUGCAAGAAUUAAGGCACUUUGGGAUGAGUUGUACCAGUACAAACGAGUUCCAAGCUGUAAAUGUGGUAAGUGUAUUUGUGGAAUGGAUAAAGUUUCUUUGGAAGAACAGAAUAAAGAUAGGUUGUUGCAGUUUCUCAUGGGACUCAAUGAUUCUUUUGAGCACGUAACAAACCAGAUCCUACUAAUGGAUCCUCUGCCUGAUGUGAACAAGGCCUUUGCCCAAGUUGGCCAGGUUGAAAAGUGA